UCCGAUCCUCAUCUUCCAACCCGCCUGUCUCGAAAGCUUCAGAACUGGGUGCGCCAGCCCACAAGGUAGCUGGCCGAGUGACGCCUGCAGUAUCACGACUGCAUCCAGUUGGUGGAGCUUGUUCCCUUGAAGUGGUAAUCCCUGCCACGGAUUGCUCAGACGAUCAAUCGCAAGCACUUGCCGACUCCUUGGCUCUACCAAUAUCGGUUAGGCAGAGCCCUGAUGUCUCACCUGUCUUAAAUGGAUUAGCCCAGAGCAAAAUCGCAUCUACUAAUAAUACUGCCCCUGCAGUUAUCUCUGCCGAAAGCGCAGACGAAAGUACAAUCAUUAGGCGGCAUCACCAGCAGCAUUUGCGGCAUCAGUCGAUUUCGGCUGAGGUAGAUUCGCCUCUCCCAUUGCCUCCGCCACCACCUGUGAUCGCUGCAAAUCCUGCAAAGCGACUCUUCUGCCCAUCCCUAUUCAGAGCCAAGCAGCACGAGAUACGUCGCACAACACGUAGUAGUCUUAGAUUAUCUACUUUACCAAUUUCGUCA